CACAAAGAUGAAAACACACUUCUCAGAAAUGAUCAAAACGUGACCCCUGGUCCGGGACUGAUGUGCGCGCGAACGCCUGUGUGUGAUCGACACGAGUGUCUUUCGGAACUUUUCUGUGUUUUGUCUUCGGCUCCUGUUGCGUUUCGUACGAGCUGUAACACUCAGGAAUUCACAAAAGAAGACAAGAACAGUUAAAAUCGAAGUAAACAGAGAAAUAAAGAGAAAAGAAAGAUAAGUAGAGGGCGAAUUGAUGUAUGUGAAAGGGUGUUAGGUUAGUGGAACAGUUAGCUGGGUGAUAACAGAGACGACCAGACCAGACGACCACCAAACAGUCUUCUAUAGAUUAUCCUAAAAACAACGUUCGUGGUCAAUUUAACGUUCGUAAAUCACAGCAAAUCGCUCCAGAAUUAAUUUAUUCCGAUAAACAUGAUAUAUUUUCAUCUGUCAAAGCUAAGCAUGACUGAACUACUUCAAUUCCGUACUAAGGUAUUCAGACGUGUUCAUAUUAUAUCUCAUUACUUCUACUUUGUGAUUAUCAUCAUAGUUAUUGCCUUAAAAGGUGCCAGUUGUGAAUUUCAAGUUUGUGAUGCUGUGGUGUGACGUCAUUAUGGCCGGAUUACUCAGACUCAGAUGAUAUUGAUGAUCAUCACUUGACAACGAAACCACGUUUUUCAUUGUGAAUUUGCAUAAACGUUCUUUACUGUUCUUCUGUGGUUGAGGCUUUCCAGGAGAUUUGGUGCCAUUAAUCUCAGAUGUUUCUCCAAUAGUAUGGAGUGUACAAUGAUUUGAAUGUAGAAUGCAGAAGUAAAAUGAUCAGGAUUUGGUUAAAUUUGAUGAGAAAUGUUUGAGUUGAUACGGAGAUCUUCAAUAAUAUUAAGUUUUGAUUGCAGACGACAAAUCUGAGCUCAGUUUGACACAUUGUUGACAUCUCUAGUGACAGAGUUGUUUGUGACAUUUCUAACUCGUUUUCUCAGGAGAAACAUCUGAGACUAUUCUAUUCAUUUAAUUUCAUUGAUGGUUAAGAGAACUGUGAAAUAUAAGAGAUCAUCUGUGAUUUUUCUGUGUUGAUGAAUCUGCUCAACACGUGUGAAUGUGUUACCGCUCGAGAUCUUCGGUCGUCAUUGAGUCCCAUCUGAGCUGAUUGUGUGUUUGUCAGGAUCAUUUUCAGCAUCUUCUCUCAUGUGUCUUGUCUACAUUUUUUCUUCUUAACAUCUAUUUCAGCUUACGUACCAGUAAAGAUCAUUUGUGUAACAGACUGGUGCUGAAAACAAAAGAUGUGAAAAAACAAAGCAUCUUUCUUGGUGUGUGUCUGCCUCUUAAAUGAUGUACUUCAAAAAAAUAAAGAUCUCUCAGACUGAAUAAAAAUAUUUUUUAUGUAUCUGUGCAAUUUUUUCAGCACUGUUGAUUGAUGCAUUGUUUUUAUCUUUUAAUUACAAGCCAUGAACUCAACUUGAAUCAGAGCAGUAUAAAUAGUAUAUGAAAAACAAAAGUACACUAGUGUUCAUGAGUUUUCAUUCGGAUGACAGUGUAGCGGUGAAUGAUGUCACAGUCUCUGGGUUGGAUCUGAUGAACGAGUCUUAUAGAGUGUUAUUAUGGGUAAUUAUGGUCUGAUUAGUCUCCAUUAGCUGAAUAAGGGAGGGACAGCAGAGCCUGAGAUUGCUAUCACCAGGGACGCGAAAGGAAAUGACACGCUGCGAAUCAGACGAAUGUGGUUUGCAUUUAUAUUUAUUAUAAUUUAUGCAGCUGACGGCCGCGUACCAAACGUACAGAAAAAACUAUAAAUCACAGCCAUUGUUGCUGUCUGUAUUGUCUUACAAGCACAACAGCAGAAAAACAGCAUCUUCAAAUGAUGUUUAUUACUCAAUAUAUCGCAUCUUUUCAGUCUGAUACAGCCAUAAUACAAUAGUGCAUUCGAUUAAACGCGACUCAGUGCUGGUUCUACACAUCUGUGUGAGAGCAUUUAGAUGGGGAAGUGUUUGUAGCUCACUGAUGUAUCGGUUCCUCAUCGCACACUGAGUGCGUCCUGCUUUUCAAAGGGCGUCUGUGGGGUGUUGUUGUCAUAGUAACCAGCGACCCCGAGGGCUCACCUGCAUAUGGUCCCUUGUGACCUGAACACACUGUAACCCAGACACACACACAUAUUCACACUCAUUCGACACGGAGGCAAUGAAGAACUCUUUACAGCCCGCUUACAGCCGCUGGUCAUACAGGUACACACACACACACAUGACACAGUGGUUUAGCAAGGAAAUGUGCGUGCGUAAAGUUCUACAGGUUUGUGUAGAACACACACACCAACAACACACACUCGUGACACAGAGGUUUAGUAAGGAAAUGUGCUAAUGUAAAGUUCUUCAGGUAUGUGUGUUUAAUAUGAAAGUGGGAAUGUUCAAGAGAACAGUUGUGUGUUUGCAGUAAUUGACUGUGUUAUGAUUGGACUGUUGUUGACUGUUUAGUGUACUGAAUGUUUCUUCACAGGUAAGUGAGUGUAGGUAAUGUUUGUGUUGUGUUGAUCUCUACUGAGAGCGGCAGACCCACAGAGAACUGAAGUUUCCACCCGUCACACUCACCUGUGGAUUAUUAGUUCUUUCUUUCUCUCUCAUGUUAGUGUCGUGUGUGUGUGUCAGUAAUGUGCUGUUACCUCAAGUGCAGGACAGGUAUCCACUGUUACACAGGUGUCACAUCAGACGCACAAGUGUGUCAUCUUACCUCCGUCACACAUGAAACAUUCAUACAGACCCUCAAGUUCAUCUAGCUUCGCGUCCACAGCGAUGACCAGCACAAUGGAGGACGACAGUCUGAGUCUCAGACAGCAGAAGCUGGAGAAACAGAGGGCGUUGUUGGAACAGAAACAGAGGAGGAAACGUCAGGAGCCGCUGAUGGUUCAGCCCAAUCCAGAGGGACGGCCGAGGCGCUCACGGCCCCGCCGCUGUGAGGAGCAGGCGCUCCUCGUAGAACCUCACGUCAACAUGGCCAGUGACAUCAUCUUAGACGGUAUUGACGGGCCCGCGGCACUCCUGGGUUCAGAGGGUCCAGAUCUGGGCAGUAAAAUCCAGGUUUUCAAUCCCGUCAUUCAACCACAGCAGCCGUCCCCCCCAACCACAGAAGAGCUUGAGACGGACGCAGAUACUGAAACACUGCUCGAACCCAAAACAGACAUACACACACUACUGCAGAGACGCGGACUUUCCGGCAGCAUGAACUACGAUGAGGCGAGUGAAGAUGAUGAAGAUGAUGAGAGAAGCCGCUCUCUCUCUCCACACACAGAAAGCACUCGGCCCGCAUCAGCGUCCAGCAAUAAAUCCACCACGGAGUGUGUUCCUCUAAAUUCCCCGACCGCUGAGGGCUCCUCCAUCGAGGUGGAUAAUCUUGAGGAGUUCGUGCUCCGUCCGGCUCCUCGGGGAGUGACAGUCAAGUGUCGCAUCUCACGGGAUAAGAAGGGCAUGGACCGCGGCCUCUACCCCACGUACUUCAUGCACCUUGAGAGGGAAGACGGCAAGAAGGUGUUUUUAUUGGCUGGACGGAAGAGGAAAAAGAGCAAAACAUCAAACUAUCUGAUAUCUGUAGACGCCACGGAUCUGUCCCGUGAGGGUGAGAGCUUUAUAGGAAAACUGAGGUCUAAUCUGAUGGGAACUAAGUUCACGGUCUAUGAUAACGGCACAAACCCCACGAAAAACCCUGGAGCUCUGCUGGAGGAGAACAACACGCGACAGGAGCUCGCUGCUAUCAGCUAUGAGACUAAUGUUUUAGGAUUUAAGGGCCCACGGAAGAUGACAGUGAUUAUUCCUGGCAUGAACAUGAAUUUUGAACGGGUUCCGGUUCGGCCCACAUGUGAGCAAGAGUCUCUGCUGAAUAAAUGGCAGAAUCACUCACUGGAGAAUCUGAUAGAGCUACACAAUAAAGCCCCGGUGUGGAAUGACGACACACAGUCCUACGUGCUGAACUUCCACGGCAGGGUCACGCAAGCCUCCGUCAAGAACUUUCAGAUAGUCCACGACAACGACCCCGACUACAUUGUUAUGCAGUUUGGCCGGGUGGCAGAAGACAUCUUCACUCUGGACUUUAACUACCCCAUGUGUGCACUGCAGGCCUUUGCCAUCGGCCUGUCCAGCUUUGACAGCAAACUUGCCUGCGAGUGACCCCUUGACCUGUAACCCAGCUCAACACGACUCUACAUGAAACACACGCACACCUCCUGCGAACAGGACACGAGAUCACAAUUCACCUGUCCUCCCUGUGGACGGCAGGUGAAUGGAGGAUUUGUGAAAACUGACAUUCUGAAUUAUGUUCUGUAAGAGAAACACAUGAAAUCAUUCAAACUUUUCUUGCCUGUGAAAACAGGAACAGUUUGAUGAUACUGAUAUUGUUGUUUAAGAUAUUGUCCCGAAUGAUCUUCUAAAAUAUAAUACAUACUCACCAAAUACUUUAGUGGACCACCAGAGAAAAAAUUAAGAAUAUUUUAGAUUUCAAUUGAUCUCCUCUGUGCUGUUAUUAUGGAUUUGAAGCAGAAAAUGAUACCAUGAAUCACAGAAAGUUUGUCAAUAAUAUACUUAAGUUAUAUUUUGUAUUUAAGCCUGUUACUAUGACCAUUGAGUUAUUUUUGCAUCAAGACAUUAUUUGGCAUAAAUGGAUAAUUUUGAACCCUCAUUUUGGUGUUGGUGUAAUGCAAGGAAAUCACUCUACUUACCGUAAUGCAAUUAAAUAAAAGUUAUACAAGAUUUAAGAUUUAUUUUUAGAAAUAGAAUUAGUUGCACUGGCUAAAAUUAAAUUAAAAAUAAAAACAGUAAUGUUUUACUCAUAUACUGCACUAAACAGUACUAAAUUAUUGUAUUACAAUAAUGAGCAUUAUUGUUAACGUCAAUGCAAUACAUGUAAAUAAUGUCAAAAUGCAAAAUAUGCUUUAUUCUUUAUAUAAAGUAUGUUAUUACAUAUUGUAAUUUGAAACUGGGCAUGUUUUUGAGAAGUUCACCUGUUUACUUUUUAUUAUUAGGACGACGUUGUUUUGAAUUUUUUGCCUUUUAGUUAUUGAAUCUUGAUUUCAGAGAUCUCAAAGAAAACUUCAAACAUGUCCUCCAUACAAAAUAGGAGAAACAGUGGAAGUGUUUUCUUCACUGUGUGCUUGUGUUCACCAUGUAAAACUGACACACAUUUCUUAUAGUUAUUUCGGCUGCUGCAUGGAUUGUGAAAGUUGCCUGUUGCUGUUGUGUAAAUAGUGCCUGAAUACUGUCACAAAAGAGUGUUUACAUCAUAAGAAACUGUAGAAAGCACAUUUGUUGUUUCUUAGAGUGUGAGCUGUUGUUUUUAUUUGUGUGAUUGAUGUUUGUGUAGAUAUUCAUCAUGUGUCAGUCGGCCCAGAGUGUACUUAUUAAAAACAAUCCCUUUGUAUUUCACACCCAUAACCAAUUUGCACAAACUUUAUUUUUUUGUUGUGGAAACAAUUUUUAAAGAUCAUAAUAUUAAACAAACAAUUUACCUGGA